ACUACCCACGCGGUCCUGAGGGCUCCGCGACCAUAUAUGGAACAACAGCAGCGCGAUCCGAGGGCUUCUGAAGAAGGAUGGUGCUAUGCCAAUUUCGUGCGACACAACCCAACCGCAGCACGCACCGUAGAGACUCUCCUUCGAUACUCCGGCUUCUUCGCACCGGCGCGCUUCGCCGACAGAGAUCUUUCCAUCGAGUCUGGCUAUGCGCUGUCUAGCCUUGCCGCCUUGGCGCACGACCAAAUCUUGAUACACGGACAAGGAGGAGGUCUUGGCCGUGGGGGACAGGACGGAGGGGCCGCCAACGAUGAUGGCCUCGACGGUGGCCAAGUACACGCCCUCGGCAUCGCGCCUGGAUCAAGCAUCCGACUCGAUCCCAAGAACCGAGAGAGGCCAUCAUCGACGACCGUCGUCGCCCAACGCAUGCGCGUAGCCCUGGCCAUGAUCGCGAACGUGCAGAUCGUGGUGGAGAAGCUGGCCGCGCAGCACGGAGGCCCGCGAAGGAGACAACAGGCAAUCGUCUACCUGGAAACGCUCAAGGCCUUGGCCCGACUGCUGCUACUCGCGUGCACGAGGGAAAUGGUCGUGGGAGGAGGCUCGUACGUUUCGGGGGGGAAUCGGAGAACUCCGCCGCUCGGGAAUCGGAACAAAGCCGGCGCCUGGAGAGAGGUCGACCUCAACGGAGCCCGAUUAAAUCAAGCGCAAUCCUCUGAGUUCGCGGUCGACCGCCCCCCUUCGCCUCCCUGCCCCCCCCCCGAGGUGUACACGGGAAAGCGGAGCGGCGUGAAGCUGAUCGUCCCACCGCGAGCGAGCGUGGUGUGGAGCGGGCGAGGGCGUUCCAACCGGUCGGGCGGGGUCAGCAGGCUGGCGGCGACCGCUUCGUCCCCCUCCUGUGGCAGCUCUCGACGAAGCGCCGACGGAGUGUUUCAGAACGACAGCAGCAGUAGUAGUAGCUUCCGGGGCUGUGCUAACGGUGGGCAGGGGAUUGGUACGGGCGGAUCGAUGGAAGCGGCCAGCGAUGAAUCGUGCGUGUGGCGACAACGGCGGGAGGCACAGGGAGGGCAGGCGUGGCUGAUGGCGGGAGAAGUGAUCCACAUCCUGCGACCGCUGGCGUACAGCUACGGCUGCGCGGCGACGGGGGAGCGGUCCUGGCGCCCGUGGCUGAUUUCUCUGGGGAUGGACGCCGCGGCCUUCGCUUGCACCGCGAGAGCAGGGGGCAGCAGCGGGGCGAUGGCCCUGUUGACUCCGAUCGGAGAGGCGGGUAGCAGCGGCGUGCCGGUGCUGCCUUACUUGGACGAGGAGCAAGCGGCCGAGCUGAGGCGCCGCAAGAUGCUGUGGUUCCUGUACCUGAUGCGCUCGCCAGCGUUUGAGCUGCUGGCGGAGCCGGUCAGCAGAGGCGCUGCCGGUGUGUUUGAGGGGGUUCCGAUUUUGGGUGGCAUGGCGGGCUACGCGUUGAAUAUGCUGCUGUACGUUCAGCGGCAUCACUUUUAUACAUCAGCGUCUUAA